AUGUUGCUCAAUUCUAAAGGCAAACCAAAGAGUUUAGAAGAAUUUAUUUAUUUUUCAGACGAGUCUCAAUUGACGAAUCGUUUUGAUAAUGAACAAAAACCAUUUUUAUUCAUUGAUGGUAUUGAAAAAUUACCGUAUAAAAUUGCUAAUAUCAAUCUAGCUGAAUUGGGUAGAAAAGCAUUAUCUAUGGCUGAAGCUGAAAUGCCAGGAGUAAUGCGAUUAAGAAAAAUCUAUAGUCCUAAACAACCAUUGAAAGGUGUUCGUCUUGCUGGAUGUUUACAUUUAACAGCACAAACUGGAGUAAUGAUUGAAACAUUUCUUCAGUUGGGUGCACGAGUUCAAUGGAGUUCUUGUAAUCCAUUAUCAACACAAGAUCAUGUUGCAGCUGCAUUAGUUAAAACUGGUAUACCCAUUUAUGGUUGGAAAGGUGAAACUGAAGAAGAGAAAUUAUGGUGUAUAGAUCAGACAAUUUAUUUUCCUGAUGGCCAACCAUUAAAUGCCAUUUUGGAUGAUGGUUGUAAUUUAGCACGAAUUAUACAUGAAAAAUAUCCACAUUUGACAAGUAUGAUACAUGGUAGUAGUGAAGAAACAACAGCUGGUAUAACAAAAUUAUGUAAAUUAUUGAAAAAUAAAAAAUUAAAAGUUCCAGUCAUUAAUGUUAAUGAUAGUGUAACAAAAUCAAAAUUUGAUAAUAAUUAUGGAUGUGGUGAAGGUCUUAUUGAUGGUAUCAAACGGGCUACGGAUGUCAUGAUUGGAGGAAAAAUAGCAGUAGUUAUUGGAUAUGGUAACGUAGGAAAAGGAUGUGCAAAAGCAUUAAGUGGUUAUGGUGCACGAGUUAUUGUUACUGAAAUCGAUCCAAUUUGUGCGUUACAAGCCGUAAUGGAUGGUUAUCAAGUAACAACAAUGGCCGAAGUAUGUAAAAUUGGUCAAAUAUUUGUAUCAGCUACUGGUUCGACAGGAUUAAUUCGUGGUGAACAUAUGAUGGAAAUGCGUGAUAUGGCUAUUUUAUGUAAUAUUGGUUCAGGUCAAACUGAAAUUGAUGUUGUAUGGUUAAAAGCUAAUGCAGUCAAAAUUGAACAUAUUAAACCACAAGUUGAUAUUUAUCAUUUACCAAGUGGUCGUGCUAUUAUUUUACCUGCUGAUGGUCGUGUUGUUACUUGA